CUUUAACAGUGUCUUCGAAUGUGUCACAAAGCUCAUCCCCUGGAAUCAGCGAAAGAAAAGGUAAGGUAGCUGCUGGAGCAGCUGGAGAUGCAACACGUGAAACAUUGUAAUUUACCACAUCCUCUCUCUAUCCAUCUGGAACCAGAAGAAGCAUUAAACAGUUCUGUGACAGUUGAGUUCUCUGUGGAGGAAAUACCUUCUAUGCGUGAUCCUAAAGUCAGCUGCUAUGAGAACAAUGGUUGCAUUGUAUUUGAAGGAUACUGCCCUAUUGGUGCACAAAUUCCUUUCAGUCAAUGUGGAAUAAGGAACACAAAAACUACCAAUAAACAACAAGAAGAUAUAACCUGGUCACAAGAAUCUGGACAAACAGAGGCACCCUACAAUCCUUUUGUGCUUUGGGAUGUCAUUCCAAGGCUGCUGAAUGAUGUAAUAAACGGGGCUGGAUUGAAGGUACAAAGUAUGGAUGAUAAAAAGCAGACUUCGGCUGUCGGAAAUCUGCCAGUGAGUAGCACUUUGCCUGAUGAUACAGGCAGUGGGUUCCCAGUAAUGGAUGCUGGUCAACAAUGGGAUGAGACACCGAGUAUGAACGAAGGGAACGAACCAAUUUAUGCUCAACGAGAUCGUCCUACUUUGAUAUUUCCUCGCAUCACUGGGCUAGAGAAUGGUGGUGAGUCAUCAGAUGAACUGAGCAUGUCAAAUGAUCCAUUUGAAAAGAAAGAAUGGCAAACUGUGGGGAAUGUUGUGAACCCAAACAAACCUGUUGGUACACCUGUCGUUAUUGACAACAUUCGUACCAGGUCCUCAGAAGCACUGUUAGAUGCAGCAGAUGUAGUAACACAGCGAAAGUGGGAAAGAAGACCAGCAUAUCAAGGAAAACUGAUGCCCGCCGUUAUGGAAUCGUGGGCUGCACCAGAGAACGCUAUAUCAAAGGAUGACAGAGUGUCAACAGUGUUGUCAACUUACACAAAAUCUGUACCUCUUCAACGCCGCCGUGAAGAAGACCCGAGUAAAAAAGAUGCAGAUGCCAUGUCUGUUUCCAUAUCAGGGACUGAUACUGGGGACAUAGAGGUGGAUCUCAGUGACGCAGAUCUUAAUAAUAUAAGUGGAAGCUCAGAAGAGGUCAUAAGCUAUGCAGAUGUUGCCUGUGGAACUGAUGGCCUACAAAGAGAUGCCAGCCAGUGUAUCCUUUGUGGCUCUCUACUUCAUCACAGACAUCAUGACCAGAGGACACAUUAUUCCAAAGAUGCACCUGCCAUAGGACAGGUACCAAGAGCAAUGACUGAUGCAUCUACUCAUAUUCCAAUUGCUGAGCACAUACAGGCACCAAAAAUGAAAAACGUCAGAAAGGAAGGCACAGAACAUCAUGCAACUAACAAUCGAGGACAGCCUUCAAAGGCACCAAUGGAUGUGUCUACUCAGGCAACAAGUGCAGGACAUACACAACAUUCUAAAGAGAAAACCAUGAGGCAAGAAGUGACUGCGUAUCCUGUGGCUAGCAGUCCAGGGCAGCUACCAAAAGCAAUGUUUGCUCCUACUCAUGCAUCAACUGCAGAACAUAAACAACAUCCAAUAGAGAAACAUGCAAGAGAGAUAAUCACAGCACAUCCAGUGAUGACUUACCCAAGUGAGUUCAGCAGUUAUGAACUUAUGUAA